CAAAUUAAAAAAUGAGUAGAAGAAAAAGAAAAUGAAAUUUAAUAGGGUGGGCGAUGAAGAAACUUCCCGCGCCAUCUCAAAACUGCUCCUUUCAUCUCAAUAUCUACCUAACCCCAAACCCCUUCUUAUUAUCUUCCUCCUUAAGUUAUUAAGCACAACGAUCUUGAGUAUUGUUAAUAUUUUCCUUUUAAAACACAUUCCAAUUGAUUUCCCUCAUUUCAAUCCAAAUUCAUCAUGUCAAACAUGUGGAAUCGAACCUUCUCAACGAAAUCCGACUUGGAAUCCGGUUCAACCGAACUGCUAUAUCCGACAAUGAUCGAGUCACCGGAUCUCCGGUGGUCAUUUAUUCGUAAAAUAUACACUAUCGUCGCCGUUCAGCUGCUCCUCACCGCCGCUGUCGGCGCCGUCGUUGUUUCUUAUCAUCCGAUUGUUACCUUUUUAACUACUACUAGAGGCGGUUUCGCUUGCUAUAUUCUAAUAAUUUUUACUCCUUUCAUCAUGUUGUGUCCGUUAUCGUGUUAUUAUCAGAGGCAUCCGGUGAAUUAUGUGUUGCUUGGGAUAUUUACGAUAGCGCUUGCUUUGGCUAUUGGUUUGUCAUGUGCUUUCACUAGUGGGAAGGUCGUAUUGGAAGCUGUUAUUCUAACGGCAGUGGUGGUUGUGAGUCUCACUCUAUUCACCUUUUGGGCUGCAAGGAGAGGUUAUGAUUUUGAUUUUCUGGGUCCUUUCUUGUUCGGUGCCAUUAUGGUGCUUAUGGUCUUCUCUAUCAUACAGAUAUUCUUUCCUCUGGGUAAGAUUUCAGUGAUGAUAUAUGCUGGCCUUGCUGCUAUCGUCUUCUGUGGCUAUAUUGUGUAUGAUACUGAUAAUCUGAUCAAGCGAUACACAUAUGACGAAUACAUCUGGGCUGCUGUGGCUCUAUACUUGGAUAUCAUCAAUCUUUUCACUACUUUGCUUACUCUAUUGAGAAUCGCUGACAGAUAAAAGCGAAAAUAGCUGUUGUAAUCCAUUCACACAUGCACAUAUUGUAUGUUAUCAAGAAAAUUUGGUGUGCACACGUUAAAUACAUUAGAAUAGGCUUAAAUGCUUGUAACCUUAGAAUAUGGCAUAUUCUUCUAGGUGUUUUCUUACUCUCUAUGUAUGCUUAUUGAAAUGUUGCGACCCAGUUCAUGUCUUUUGUGAAAACACCAGUUAGCACUUUUGCAAGAGGUAAAUUGUACCACCACAAUGUGUGGCGAUGUAUGAUUUUUCAAAAAGAAAAAAAAAAUAGUUUGAAUUAAAUUUAAAAAUAAACUUCA